GGUGAUUUCAUCUUGUACUGUCGCAAGCCGUCCUCGCACCCAUUCGACGGUUGCUCGUUGUGGUUGCCUUGUGGUUGUCUUGUGUGCGUGCCCACGACGAUGGCGUCCCCGGAGACGAGGCGGGUGCUGGCGAAGCUGAAGCAGGAGCCGGCCAACAACAAGUGCUUUGAGUGCGGCGCACACAACCCAGCGUGGGCAAGCGUCAAGUAUGGCAUCUUCAUCUGCCUCGAAUGCAGUGGCGUCCAUCGUUCCCUUGGUGUUCACCUCAGCUUCGUCCGCAGCCUCUCCAUGGACAAGUGGAAGGAUGAGGAGCUCGAACGCAUGAAGAUUGGUGGGAACAAGCGAUUACAGGAAUGGUUCGAUGCACGCGACGUACCUCGCAGCGCCACCAUGCAAGAGAAGUACAACACGAAAGCUGCAGCACUCUACCGCGACAUGAUUGCAACGGAGGCGCGAGGGGACAAAUGGAACGAGGCCACGAGCCCAGCUCAAUCUUGGGUCCCUCCAGCGACGCAAUCGAUCACAAACGCUCGAUCAGAGUACGAGGUUGCAAACGAGGACACGAGGCCGAUGCGCGGCUUUGGGUCGUCCGGUGCACACACAUCGUCGUCGUCAUCGCAGGACAUACAGGCAGACAAGCUGCUGGAGGACGCCAUGAGCAGUCUCAGGACGGGCUGGUCCGUCUUCUCAAAGGGUGCGGCCCAGUUUGCUUCCUCUGUCAACGACACCGUUAUCAAACCAACAUCGGAGAAGGUGUCGGAUGCCACGUUCUGGAAUGACGUGGGCACAAACCUCCAGACUGGGUUUCAGUCUGUUGUGUCCAAGACGAGUGAAGGCUUCACCAACCUCUCCACAAUGCUGCAGGACGACCGACCAAGGCGCGGGACUGCUGAGCCGCAAGCGCCACCGGCGAGCACGGCGACGAGGAAACAGCCAUCCCGCCCCAGCAGAGGCAAGCCAAAGCCCAAGCAGCAGGAGGACGACGAUGACGACGGCUGGGACGACUGGUAG